AGCAUAGUCGUUUAGCAAAGCUCUAGAUAGCCACACACACAAUAAUGAAGUUAAUGGAAUAUCGCGCGGACGCGUUUGUCAAGCAGCUGCCACUAGCAGAUUCAGCAUGGGCAGUUACGCUUAUACUUGUUGGCUAUUUGGCAUUUGUGCUUAAGCUGGGCAGAAUCUAUAUGCAGUCAAGAGCGCCCUAUAAUGUUAAGCAUCUAAUGCUGGUCUAUAAUCUAUUUCAAAUUGUUUUCAAUGCCAGCUUGUGUUUAUAUGGCGGCUACUACUUCUUUCGCUUCUAUAAUCUUUCCUGCAUGGAAACGCUGCCCUUCGAUAAUCCGCACAAGCAAAUCGAACGCUGGGGCACCUAUGCCUAUUAUCUAAACAAAAUCCUCGAUCUACUUGAUACGGUUUUCUUUGUGCUGCGCAAGAGCUACAAGCAAAUCACAUUGCUGCAUGUCUAUCAUCAUAUUAUGAUGGUCUAUACUGUGUUUUGGGUGCAACGCUUCUACGGCUUUGGUGGACAAUACGCGCUAAUGGGCAUACUCAACACCUGUGUGCAUAGCGUAAUGUACACUUAUUACUUCUUCUCGGCCAAGUAUCCGCAGCUGAAGCAGAGCAUUUGGUGGAAGAAAUACAUAACUACCAUACAGAUUGCACAGUUUCUUAUACUUUUCGUACAGUCUAUCUAUAUGCUGCUGUUUAAUCGCAGCUGCACAUUUCCGUUGUUCAUGCAGUAUAUGCAACUGUUUCAGGCGUCCGUAAUGCUCAUCAUGUUUACUAAAUUCUAUAUACAAGCCUAUGUAAAACCUAUAAAGAAGAAGCAGCAAUAAACAAUGU